AUGGAAGGAUCCAGCGGGUCGAGUUUUGGGAUAGACACUAUUUUAUCCAGCGCUUCUAACUCUGGCAACCCCGUGCUCAUGAACGGAGAUUUUCGGCUCGGCGACAGCAGGACAGCGGAUUUCAGGAGCCAGGCGACCCCGUCACCAUGCUCGGAGAUAGACACUGUGGGAACAGCCCCCUCAUCCCCCAUCUCGGUCACCAUGGAGCACGCCGCCGACCCGCAUCUGGUCCAGGACAGCCUUCAGCAUCACCACCAUCACCACAACCAGCCGCAGAGUUUGCCGCUGUCGCCCCAGCAGCAGCAGCCGCUCGCCGGGGCCGGCUGCGCCCCGAGGACUGCCACCUCCUCGUUUCUAAUCAAAGACAUUCUGGGCGACAGUAAACCGCUGGCAGCCUGCGCACCUUACAGCACCAGUGUAUCCUCACCCCAUCACACGCCAAAACCAGAAAGUGCCACGGCUCCGGACGGCUUCAGGCCCAAGCUGGAACAAGACGACAACAGAAGCAAGUUGGACAAAAGAGACGACAUUCAGAGUGACAUGAAAUGCAACGGGACUAAAGAAGAAGGGGACCGGGAGAUCUCCAGUAGCAGAGACAGUCCGCCGAUGCGCACGAAAAAGCCUCGCAAAGCGCGCACAGCCUUUACGGACCACCAGCUGAACCAGCUGGAGAGGAGCUUCGAGCGACAGAAAUACCUCAGCGUGCAGGACCGCAUGGACCUGGCCGCGGCUCUCAACCUGACCGACACACAAGUCAAGACCUGGUACCAGAACAGACGGACGAAGUGGAAGAGGCAAACGGCGGUGGGAUUAGAGCUGCUGGCUGAAGCAGGAAACUACUCGGCCUUACAGAGAAUGUUCCCGUCGCCCUAUUUCUACCACCCGAGCCUGCUGGGCACCGUGGACAGCACGACGGCGGCCGCGGCGGCCGCGGCCAUGUACAGCAGUAUGUACCGGACUCCUUCCACGCCGCAUCCCAGCCUCCAGAGACCUCUUGUCCCGAGGGUGCUCAUUCAUGGCCUUGGGCCGGGGGGGCAACCGGCACUAAACCCCCUGUCUAACCCCAUGCCCGGCACACCGCAUCCGCGAUAA